AUGAAUUUUGGAUGUGAUUUUCAGCCAAUAGGAACACGGUAUAUCGUGACCUAUAUAAAUGACACAAAAAUCCAAAACCCAAUCAACAUCAUUCACGGACAAGGUCACAGUUGGCGGCCAUUCGACCAUCAAGUCGGUGUCAUCAUGGCAAGCUUAUUUCGGAAAGGAACAAUUUCUAAGGAUCCAAAGCUACAACAGGAUUUAGAGCGUUAUUAUAAAAUACGAGCAGCUGCUUGUCGUAUUUUAUCGAUUGCUCAAAAUCCAUUACAACGAUUGGAUGCAGAUAAAACUCUGCUUGUCAGUCAUGCACAGUUACUCAGUUGUAUGCGACUAAUUCAGAGGGAGAAAGUUGAAGAUGCUUUACUUGCAAAUUCACUGACUCCAAAUUCAUUGUUGAAAGAAAUUCCCAUCAUUAAUGGAACAGUUUUACGAAAAACGUGUUUUGCUCGGCCAGGAUAUGCUCAGUUGUGCCUAUCAGAUGUGCGUAUACCGUUGAUAUGGCGUAAUUCAGCCCCUGGCACCAAUAUGAAUUUGGCUAUGCAACAGUUGUUUCCUCAGUCUUCCAGUCUCGUAAGUGGUCUACUACCUACGGCUAUCAGCGCUUCUGGAGAUAGUGUCGAUAAAGUAGAUGCUGGGGAUCAAUGCGAUGGCUAUAGUUUAUUUUGUACAAUUCAAGUUGGUCAUGUGAUCCGUGAUACUCGACUAAUCUUUGAUAUCAAACCUGGUACAGCUGAUAUAGAAUUUAAUGAUAAGUGGACUUUUGAUGAUGUCACCUCCGAAUUUGAGUGCAUAAUUGAAAUUUAUGCUUUCCCUAAAGGAGGUAAUAAAAGCAGUUCAUUAUUCUCAAAACGUCGAUUUUCACCAGUCUACGAAACUGGGAAAAAAGUUAUAGAUCAGAGUGAUAUGAAUUCUACUUCACCACUUAGUCAGAAUUCGUCUCAGUAUUUCGACUUGAUUGGUCGGUGUGUAGCUACCUUAAAAGAUGUACAGAAUAAAGUCUCUUCUCACACGCUAGAUAUGGGUAGUCAACUGUUACAUUCACGAGAGUCUAAAAGCUCCUCUUCGACGCUGUCUGAUGCGAGUACAACUACAACUACUACUAGUCAAAGAAAUUUCCUGUCCAAUGAUCAUCAUCAGUUGAAUGAAACCUCUGAGUUGUGCGAUCUUCCAUUAUUUGGUAAUAUUUGUUAUCGUCUUGUUGCACAACCUCAUUCAGCUAAAAUACCAUUAAAGUCUGGUUAUCUGUGGAUACGUAAAUUGACUCCGUCACCUGUGCAAGCGCCUAUGAUGCUGUAUCGUUGUGAUCUUCGUGAUCGUUAUCUCACUGCUAGUCUAAUCAAUAAUACCAAUUUUCGUGAAGACAUAAAUUCACCGGAAUUUUCCCCACUAAAUCAUGCUAGUCAGAAGUCAAAAUGUCAAGAGCAUAGAAUGGCGGUGAACCAUGCAUUUAAAACUCCAAACAGUAUUCCAGUCAAUGAUAAUUCCUACGAUAAAUCAGCUAUUCCAUCAAGAGAUGAUUCUCAUGAAAAUAAUGAUCAUCACUUGAAAAUUCCUGAAUUAUCUUCAACUCCAGCUGCUUCUGGUGUCAUAGUAUCAUUUUCUGAAUAUUCUGAUAAUAAUGACUCACUAAGUCCUGAAACACACAGAGUCCCAUUAUCAUUGCCUCAAAGUCGUCGCUGUCCUGAUUUAAUGAUACCUAUUCAUCCGAAAACACGUUUUCUUGACUCCCAACCGAUUCUACGGCAAAUUGAUUUAGCUAGAUCUGAAGAGAUCGGUGAAUCGACGAAUACUUCCAAAGACGAUUUCAAUACAUCGAAUAAGUGUUCUGCAUCUUCACUGACCAAUGGAUCACAGUCAAAUCACCUUCAUCCAUGUGUAAACCAUAACUCAUCUCUGGAGGAAAGAAAACGCGCAUCGUCAACAGUGAACAUACUAUGUUUAUCUGAUACUUCCCAAUUAGAUGAUUCUUUAUACACACAAUCGUUUUUCUCUGCAUGCAAGACAAGAUUAUUAACCUCUCAGUCUGUUGAUAAUCUUUGGACUCCAUCGAAAAAUGAGCAGUUUGAAAAACCACACAAUAAAACUGCCUUCAAACUAAAGUCCAGUGAUACACCGAAACAGUUAUCUAGUCGACCGAUAACAAAGUCAACAGAUGGCCUAACUUGGAAUACGGUUAAAAGUGAAUCUUCAUCAAGACAUUCAUCAUCUCCAGUUAACAAUCAAUAUCAAAAACGAUUACUUAGUCCUGUUGAUUCAAGAAAGCGGAUGAAUCGAAUCUCACGUUCCGUAGAACCUGUCCGUAGACUUUUUCCUAAUGAAAAGUCUACUUGUAAUGCUAACAUUAGUAGCUCACUUGACUUUACUGAAUUUAGAAAACUCCGGCUAAUAUCACCACAAUCGUCUUUGGCUAGCUCACAAAUUUUGACAAAUGAUAUUGUCAAAGAUAAAAGAAUGCCUUAUUUAAAUAAACUACAAGUAUUUUCAUCUCAGUUACUGACAUUUCGAAUUGCUACUUGUCCCCUAAGUGAAAAACGUUCAACUGAUAAAAGUAAUUUAUCACCAAUAGACCAACAUAAUCUUUCCACUGAAGUUUAUGAAUUCACGGUAACAAAAAUGCUUGAUAAUGAUUCUUUCCAGUCGUAUGAUUCCACUGCUUCUGUAUGUUGUGAAUAUGAUGAGAAAGAAAUUGCUUCUUGGUUCGCGUCUUUGAAAAGUCAUAUACAAGAACAAGAGCUUUGGGGUUCUGAAGCCUUCUCUGAAAGUAUCAAUAUUCCUAAGAAGACACCACAGUCAAUUCGAAAUACAAGUGCUCGUCGGUCAGUUGCAAUCCCUAAUGACUUUUCAAUUCGAGUAAAUUACUGA